GUAAUGUUAGAAACGAAAGCAAGAUGGCCUCGCUUAAAAAAAGUAUCGCAGAAUAUUUCCCAUGUUAAGCGUCCCCAACCGUCACUGGAGGUUUUAGUUUGGUGCUGUAUUGCAGUAUGCAUUUUCCGAUCGGUCUCGGAAGUGCAAGGUUUGAGGAAAUAUGCAACUAAUGAUAUGCAUCGUUUGCGAGAAAGGGUUCGUCAAAUGUUUCAUCAUGCAUAUGAUGGUUAUCUGCAGUAUGGUGCUCCGUACGAUGAAUUGCGACCGUUAUCCUGUGAUGCAAUCGACACUUGGGGUAGUUAUUCGUUGACUUUGAUUGACGCACUCGAUACUUUAGCGGUCAUGGGCAACUACACAGAAUUUGGACGUGUGGUACAGCUUUUGCGCGAUAAAACGUUUGAUGCAGACAUCAACGUAUCGGUGUUCGAGACGAAUAUUCGCAUAAUUGGAGGACUACUUUCGGCACACUUACUUUCUCAUCACGCUGAUUUAGCAUCUAUGGGACUGGUGAAACCAGGUUGGCCCUGUGAAGGUCCACUAUUAGAAAUAGCAGAGGAUGUUGCUCAGCGUCUAUUGCCUGCGUUCGAAACCGCUACGGGCAUGCCGUAUGGUACGGUAAAUCUACGCCACGGUGUACCGUAUGGUGAAACGUCUGUCACCUGUACCGCCGGAAUUGGAACCUUUAUUCUAGAGUUUGGCACGCUCAGCAGACUUACAGGAAAUCCCGUGUACGAAGAUGUCGCUAUGAACGCGCUGUCCGCACUUUACAAACACCGCUCGCCAAUAGGAUUGUAUGGUAACCAUAUCGAUGUACAAACCGGUCGCUGGAUAGCUCAGGAUGCUGGUAUUGGUGCUGGGGUGGACUCUUUCUUUGAAUAUUUGGUAAAGGGUUCAAUUUUACUCGAACAACCUGCCCUGAUGGCCAAGUUUCUCGAAAGUAAGAUAGCGAUUGAUCGUUAUUUGAAACGCGAGGAUUGGUACGUUUGGGUUAGCAUGAGUAAAGGACAGAUCACGCUUCCCGUAUUUCAAUCACUUGAAGCAUACUGGCCGGGCUUGCUUAGUGUAUAUGGUAAUACCAAAGAAGCGCUACGAGUACUACACAACUACCAGUCCGUAUGGCGUCAAUAUGGAUUUUUACCUGAGUUUUAUAAUAUUCCCACUGGAGAAGCUGGUGCAAACCGUGAAAAUUAUCCUCUACGACCAGAACUGAUUGAAUCUGUGAUGUAUCUCUAUCGCGCUACCAAUGAUCCAUUCCUACUGGAGGUAGGCGAAAACAUCCUUGAAAGCAUAGAGCAUAGCGCGAAGACGUCAUGUGGGUAUGCGACGAUACGGAACGUUCUGACACACCAACAAGAGGAUCGUAUGGAAUCAUUCUUUUUGGCCGAAACUACCAAAUAUCUGUACCUACUGUUCGAUCCAAAUAAUGUUUUGCACAAUGAUGGCAGCAUUGGCAAUGUUGUCAAAGUAGUUAAGAACGACGAUGAUACGAUUGAAACGCACGAAUGUGUCCUAGGUGCUGGGGGACACAUUUUCAACACGGAAGCCCACCCUAUCGAUCCAACGGCUCUGCGGUGCUGUGAAGCGAUUCAUAACAACAUAUAUGCCGAAAGGGCACUCGGAAACCCAAACAAAGACAACUUUCCGCGUGGCGAAUUGUUUCUUUCAAAAGAUCAACGAAAAAUGACAAGAUCACAUAAAAAAGAAGCUAGCCAACAGUUGUGGGACCGUCCCGUGCGUAAACAACCAACAUUUUCUGACAUUGAAACAAAAACCGGUGAUGAUGUGGUAAGUCUUCCUACAGGCACAAUGAAUCGUGAUGUAGAGAAAGUGGAAAGUGCUGCUAGUGAUAUUAAGAUAAAACCUAUCUCAUCAGCUGUACCAAUUUUAAACAAAGAUAAGAAAUCAUCUUCAAAUUUACAAGGAAAAGACUUGGAUGAUGCUAGUCGUGUGCUUUCGUCCGUAUCUGCAAAUGUAAAAAUGUCGUCAACCAGUGGCCCGAAGGAAACGAAAUGUACGGACAAAACCAAUUAUAUAAUUUUUGGAAUAGACCGUGUCGUGGAAGAAUCGUGCAAUAUUAUAGUGACAUCAAAACUUACGUCAACUAAGGAAGGAAGCAAUGAAAAUGAGGAAGAUAAAACAAUGUCAACGCUGUUGAAACUCGUGCAAAACAUGUUUCAUACAACAGUCGGUCAACAUGAUGUAAAAAGAUCAAAGUUUGACCGUGAAAGGUUUUAUCAACAUUUAAUCCGAAAGCGAGUGUUAGAUGACGAAAUUAACAAAUACAACACAACGGCACUAUCAACAAACAAAGAGCUUCACGAGCUGCUGCUGUGUCGCGCACAACCCUAUCUACAUCGGUUGACUCUAAUGGGGGAAUUUUGCUAG